AGUGAUAAUUCAGACUGCCCGCGCAGCAAACGAUAAGCAGUCAAUCGAGCAACAGCCAAUCAACGAAGCUUGUUGCUCGUCCAAAAUUCAACAGUUUUGGGAUUUACGAUUUGGGCUACGAUCCUACUUGAUGCUAUGAAUGCUUCGAAGCAUUUUGUAACGUAGAAAUAACAAAUUAGAAGAAGAAAUUAAAUAAAGAAAUGGAGACGAAAAGUACAACAAAUACACGGAAAAGGAAUAACAGAUAUAUCGCGAAUCGUAAUGAUUAUAAGAAGCGUAAAUUUAUGUUGCAACCUGGUAUGAUGGGAUUUCUAUGCACGUGCAACUAUCAAGAAAGAGGCUGUGUUACUGAAGCUUACAGAUUGCUCAAUCUGUUUGCAGAUGAGAAAACUGCAUCAGAUAUGAAUAAGGAGUCUGUACCAAGCACAACAAACGUACUCGCUAAAAAGGAAGUUGAUAAAUUAUUAGAGAAUUGUGAUGCUGAAGAUGAAGAUAUAUCAACUGCUUUAGAAAAAGAAAUUGAUGAACUCAGAACAGAAAGCAAGAUGCCAUUGUUUUCUCGAAAAUUUCAAGAAGUAGACACAGGUGUUAAAAAUAUGAUUUUUAUAGCAAGUACUUUACCUAAUCCAUUAGAGUUGGUUAUGAAAAUUGUCACUAAGUUAGACACAACCAAAGAGCAAUGUACCAGAUACUUAUUAAGAUUACUUCCAAUUGAAGUUGUAUGCAAAGCGUAUAUGGACAAUAUUAAGACAAAAGCAAGUGAAUUGUUUGAAAAAUAUUUUGCUCAAGAACCUAAGACAUUCAGCAUUGUAUUUAAUCAUCGCAGCAAUAACAGUAUUAAAAGGGAUGAAAUUAUUGAAGAUUUGGCAGAAAUAAUAUUAAAGAAAAAUCCAGGUAAUAAAGCAGAUUUGAAAAAUCCAGACAUAGCUGUGAUUGUUGAAGUGAUACGUAACAUUUGCUUACUCUCUAUCGCUCCAAAAUAUUACAAAUUUAAAAAAUAUAAUCUUCUCGAGAUAUGCAACAGUACAAAAAAUAAGAUAACUCCUAAAAAAGAAAUAGCAGAGCCAACAAAUGAAGAAAACUAUGAAAAAGAUUCAGUUAAAAUAUCAUCAGAAAAACAAGAAGAAUAUAUCGAUAAUAAUGACAAUUUGGAUGCACAAAUUGAAGAAACAGAAUUGAUUAUUUAAGCUCACUGCUUCAGAUAGAUUUAUUAUAUUAAUAAUUAUUAAUAUAUGUAUUGUAAAAUGUUAUUUUACGAAUUGAUUAUUUUAUAUUUUAUAAAAAUACAAAGUACGAAUAAAUGUCACGUACGUAUGAUGUGAAAUAA